AUGUAUAGGUUACUAGCAAAUGAUUUGAAUGUUUUAGUUAAAAUUCAGUAUGGAAUAGGAUUUGAAUUUAUUAUAGGAAAUGUUGAAGUUGAAACAACAAUUUUUAAUAUAACUAAGAAAAGUAAGGUUGUAUCUGCAAAUAAAAAUCGGAUCAAUUUUAAUGAAGAAUUUAUAUGGAAAAUUGAUAGAAAUACAUUAAAAUAUUAUCUAACAACAAAUGAAGUUAUUAAAAUUGAAUGUUUUACAACACCAGAUAUUUGUUUUGGAAAUAUAUUUAGGAGACAAAGAAUUGGGCAUACAAUAAUCAGGCUUAAAGAAUGUCAAAUCAUUGGACGUGAUUGGAACCAAAGUAUAUCUAUUAGACCAUAUAAGCUUCAAGGAUCUAGUAAAUACUACCAACUACAAAUUAUUUUAAUAAUUCAAGAACAUCACAAUUUGGAUCUAAGAUCUAGAACUAAUAAUAAAAAAUUAAAAACAGCUGACACAGAGAGUAAUUGUACAUCAGAAAAGCCAUUACUGGAAGUUAAUAAACAAGGUAAUUCAACAAAUCACAUGCAUAUAUAUUGACUUAAGUUGUCUAAUUUUAAUUUUCAACAAAAGUUUUUUGGUAAUUUUAUACAUUUAAGACUUUUGAAAACAAAAAAAAUAUUAAAUGUACUUAGUAAAAAAUACUAGUAAAAAAACGUAAUAAUUCAAUUACGUUUGAUCAAAUGUCUACCUAGUGCAAAAUUUUAUUGUAUUAUUAUUACUUUUUAAGAUUAAUAGGAUUAUUGGGGUAACUAGUGAUAAUUAUGCUCUUUAAAUAGGCCUCACGUUAUUAAUUAUAUUGUGUCAGUGUAAAUUCUGACAGUAUUAUAUCUAUCAAUAAUACUGUCUGGAACUUGAAAAUUUUUAAUUUAUUAUUAUUAUUAUUAAUUUACAGAAAUAAUGUCACUUGUUUUAAUAUAUGGGAAAGGCAAAUGGGCAAAAUUAUUGGUAGUUAUAUAUACAUACAUACAUAUAAAAAAAACAAUUCACUAAAAAGAAAUCACAUAUCAUAAUUGUAUGAUUUUUUAAUAUUAUUUUAGAUAUUUGAGUAAUUAUUAUGAUUAUAAAUUAAUAUUUUUAUAAUUUAAGUCAGUGUUUCCGAACAUUUUUUUUUACUCACCGCGCCUUUUAGAUUUUUAAUAACUCACCCCCCCACUUUCUCCAUAAAUUGUUAAGUUUUUAUAAUUAGCCAUUUAAUUAAAAUGAAAAAUAAAUAUUUUUUUCACAUUUUGUUCUCUGACAUUUUAUUAUGAUAAUAAGUAUAACUAACAUAUAUGCAUACUAAAUUAUAACUUUGUGUAAUAAAUGCAAGUAGACAAUAAUUAUUAUCAGGAAUAUCCGUAUGAAAAUGGGACUAAAGAAGCUUAUCGAUAUGAUAAUAUAAAAGCUUUUUUAUUACCAUUUCACUGUUAUUGUAAUGUGUAUAAAAUAUUAAAUAAUAAAAUAAUUUUUUAUUGUACACAGAUAUAUAUUUCAUUGCAAUAAGUUAUGAAUUUGCUAUUAAUAUUUUAAUAAUAAUAUAAUUGUUUUUAAUAAUAGCGAAUUAUUUUUAUAAUUAAAGUCAUAGUAGAAUCACCCCCUUAGCGCCCUCUUAAGUAAAAAGCCCCCCUCAAAAUUAAAAAAGCCCACAAAGGGGUGGUAUCACACAUUGGGAAUCACUGAUUUAAGUGCGUACAAUGUUUCACAAAUCAAUUUAUUUCCUAAAAAUGCAUUGGUCAAUUUUAAAGAAGAAAUGUUGACAUUUUUAAAUAUUAAAUAUAAUGUACAAUAAUAAACUAAAUAUUUGUAUAAAUCUUGAGUAAAUUUAACUUAUUCAUUUAUUUAACUAAUAUUCAUGUUUAAAAACUUUGAAUUCAAAAAUAUAUUAUAACAACAAAAGUUUUAAUACUCUAAUAUAAAUGGGAAGGAAUACAACAAAAGCCAAAAGAAUUAUUUAAAAUAAAAUAAUAAUAAUCUUAGCUUUUUUGAUAUUUUGUUCAUUAAAUAAUAUAAACUUAUAUUUUGGUAGUUUUUUUUAUUUAACAGUAUCAAUUGUUUUUAUUUUUUGGUUACUUAAAAAUAAAUUUACCCAAUUAAUUAAAUAAAUAUACAGUAAUUUAUUUAUUUAAAAUACAAUAAUAAUAAUUAUUAAAAUAUUUACAUAUAGACUUAAAUGAAAGCAAAAAUAUAUCAACAAUUGAUGAUGAAAAUAAUAUUUAUCAAAAUGAAAAUAUAUUAGAUACGCAAGACAUCUCAUUUCAAGAAUCUCUCAAUAAAUGUGAACAAGUAAUAAAUCAAUUAAAUAUUGAGAAUGAUAAAAAUAAAAAAUCUUGGAAUAAAGGAAUACAAAAUGAAUUAAAAUAUGUGAAGAAAAAAGUUGAACAAUCCAUCAGUGAAAGUAAAGAAUCUUUAAAAGUAAAUGAGUCUAAUGAUUAUAAGCUUGGCGAAUCAUUAGAAACUUGUUUGAAAAAUAUAGAAAAUUGGUUAAAAGUAAUAAAAAAAAUCAAUAACUGUCUAAUGAGAAGAAAAAAACAUUCUAGUUAUUCAAGUAUUCCAUCAGAAAAUAACAUAGAGGGACCCAUUAUUAUGAUAAAAGGAAUUAAAAAGAAACUGAAUGAAUUGACAGAAUAUAUGAUUAAUAUAAACAAAAAGAUUAAAAAUAAUAAAUUGAAACACUCACAGGAAAUAUUAAAUUUAAAAAACAAAUUGUCAGAACUAUUGGAUACUAUAGCAAAGCAAAUAACUGAUGAAGUAUAAAUUUACCACAACAAAUUUCUGAAAAGGUUAAAAAUCCUAACAAGUAUCCAUAUUGAACUGCUCUUAGCUUGAAAAUUAACUUUUGUGAAAUUAUAUCAAUCUAUAUAUUAUAUACUUUAUACAUUUGUUAUAAUAAAUAACUUUGAAAAAUUGUAAUGUAUUAAGCAAUUAUAAAUAAUAAUGUAAAUACGGUAUACACAAAUAGUAGUACACAAGUAGUGACAUGGUCA